UCCGCGGGGCGCGGGGCGGCGCAUGGGGAAAGAGCGCGGCGCGGCGAGGCACGGCGCCUGCCGCUUCUCCUUGCGGAGCGCUGCCAGCUCUUCCUGGAAGUCCUGAGUCGCGCACGGCGCAGUGAGUUCAUGCACCUCCUCGCCAAGCCUCAGCCUGCGGGAUCUGGGGAGGCUGCCGCCAGCACACCGCCCGGUCCCCCGCGCCCUCUCACCGCCUCUCAGGGGUCUCUCCCGGAGGCUCCCGCCGCCGCCUCCUCGCACAUGAAGAUGUACGUGCAAAGGGCUCUGGUGCUUCUUUCUCUGCUUAGCUUCGCUACCGUCAGCCUCUCGCUGUCCUCCUGCACCACCUUGGACUUGGACCACAUCAAGAAGAAGAGGGUAGAGGCCAUCCGGGGGCAGAUCCUGAGCAAGCUGCGGCUCACCAGCCCCCCAGAGACCGUGGGGCCGGCCCAUGUGCCCUACCAGAUCYUGGCCCUCUAUAACAGCACUCGGGAGCUGCUGGAGGAGAUGGAGGAGGAGAAGGAAGAGAGCUGCUCUCAGGACAACACCGAGUCCGAAUACUAUGCCAAAGAGAUCCAUAAAUUUGACAUGAUCCAGGGCCUYCCCGAGCACAAUGAGUUGGGCAUUUGUCCAAAAGGUGUCACCUCCAACGUAUUCCGCUUUAAUGUGUCCUCAGCAGAGAAGAAUAGCACCAACUUAUUCCGGGCUGAGUUUCGGGUGCUGCGCGUGCCCAACCCAAGCUCCAAACGCAGUGAGCAGCGAAUUGAGCUCUUCCAGAUCCUUCGGCCGGAUGAGCACAUAGCGAAGCAGCGAUACCUCAGUGGCAGGAAUGUGCAGACACGGGGCUCCCCUGAGUGGCUGUCCUUUGAUGUCACCGAGACCGUGCGUGAGUGGCUUCUGCACAGAGAGUCCAACCUUGGCCUGGAAAUUAGCAUACACUGUCCUUGCCAUACUUUUCAGCCCAACGGGGACAUCUUGGAGAAUUUGCAUGAGGUCCUGGAGAUCAAGUUCAAAGGCAUUGACAGUGAGGAUGAUUAUGGCCGUGGGGACUUGGGACGCCUGAAGAAGCAGAAAGACUUGCAUAAUCCCCACCUCAUCUUGAUGAUGUUACCCCCACAUCGCCUGGAGAGCCCUGUGUUGGGAAGCCAGAGAAAGAAACGGGCCCUGGAUACCAACUACUGUUUCCGGAACCUGGAGGAGAACUGCUGCGUGCGUCCUCUGUACAUUGACUUCCGACAGGACCUUGGCUGGAAAUGGGUCCAUGAGCCUAAGGGCUACUUCGCUAAUUUUUGUUCGGGCCCUUGUCCGUAUCUCCGCAGCGCAGACACCACUCACAGCACGGUGCUGGGAUUAUAUAACACACUGAACCCUGAGGCAUCUGCUUCACCCUGCUGUGUUCCCCAGGACCUGGAGCCACUCACUAUCUUGUACUAUGUUGGGAGGACCCCCAAAGUGGAGCAGCUCUCCAACAUGGUGGUGAAAUCCUGCAAGUGCAGCUGAAGGGCCCCCUGGCCCACUCAAAGCCAAGAAGAAAAAACUGUCAGCACCCACUCUCCUGCUCCCAGGCUAACACAAAGAGAACUGGGUGUCAGAGACUAYGCAUGCUGAGGGCCAAGUGCCAAAYCUUGAGAGUCUGGGAGCCCUUGGGGAUUUAUUCUGGAACACUCCUUGGUCAUCUUGGCAGUGUAAUGUUCUUUCUAGGAGUUACUUUGGUGACACAAAGGCCACAYUCUCCCAGAAUGGCUGGACAGUUGGUGCAGAAGAAAAGGAUAAUGUGGAAGAACUGCUGUGUAUUUGAAUGCUGGGUGGUUGAGCUGGGAAAGCAAGAGAAUGAGAAAGUGGGUGAAAGAGGGAAUGGAAAAGGGGAGAUGUUUUCUAUUCUUGCUUUAGCUAUCUUAAGACCUCAGCCCUCCCCAUUGGCCUGAGUAUUAAAGGUUUUCCAUGUAGAAGGAAUUAUUGAAGGUUUCCUUAGAGAAGGAAAGUGCACCAAGCAGGGAAGCUGCUGAGAGAAGAAAUGCACAGAGAUACACUUAAGACUUUUGUUCCUCAGAGCUUUGCUCAGAAGUCCUGCAACUGAAAUUGUGUCUGCCAAACCUCUGCCUUCAGUUGACAUCCUGGCUAUUGGUUUCCAAAUGCAAGCUGCAAGGCUUUCAGUCAGCCUACCGAGGGGUGGGCAAAUACAAGGAAAGAGGGUGCUGAGUCCAUUUUUAGAGGGACUGAUGUCUCCAUAUGGCUCUUUUACCUUCCUGGCGUUUCUAAGAGAUGGUUUCAGGGUCAGGGCAGGAGCAUCUGUGGGUACCUGAAUAUUGGGCCUAUUAAUUUGUGAUCUGAUACACCUUGAGGACCUCUUGUCUGUUGUGGUUUGUGAGGUGCUUUGGGAUGUUUUGCACCUGUUCUGCAUGAUGACCCGAACUUGGUCUCACCUGUCAAGACUUAAAAAAUAGUAAUCUCAAAAACUUUGUAAAAAAUAAAUAUUUGGGGGUGGGGGGAGAUGCUAAAUUUUUUUACAAGCAAGAUGUUUGUUGGAGGGUUAGAUGGUUUGCUGGUUUUGAACUGCUACUGCUGUAGCAUACUCAGUCAAAAAUUUUUACCCUUUCCAAAAUGUUUCUUCAAAAGAACAG